CUCCCAAAGCGACCCACACCCCCACCACCACCACUCUGGCAGUGGCUCCUAUGGGCGAGGGCGGGGGUCUCUGUCCACAGAUGUCACCCCUGCAGCUCCCAUUGGCUACAGUUCCCAGCCAAUGGGAGCUGCGGAGUCGGCGCUUGGGGCGGGGGCAGCCACGGUGACACCCCACUAGGGGCCGCAGGGCUAUACCAUCCCCUCCGCUCUCCUCCUACCCACCGGGCGGCUCUCCCCAGCCUCUGCCCCGGAGCCGUUUGCCGCGUUCACGAUGACUCAGGACACGAUCGCCGGGGGCCAAGCGGGCGCGGACGGGAGGGGCCGAGCCACCCCCGCUCCGCCCCGCGCGUCUGACUCCCGGGGCCCAGUGCUCCCGCUCCACGGGGGGCGCUGCCUGCGGACCGGCCCCUUCCCGGCUCCUCCCGCCGCGCAGGGGCUCAGCCACGUCUGAAAGCGGCUCAUUGUCUGCGCGUCCCGCUCGGCGGCGUCUCCAGCGAGCGGAGGAAGCGGCUGCAGUGUAUUAGUUGCUUUCCUUCAGCCAGUAUGGUGAGACUUCGGCUUUCCAGCACCAUUGUUGUAGUUUUCCUUAUGAUUCAGACUGGAUUCUUACUAUUUAUGUAUGCUCGACAUAGCAGCUUCAUGCCUCAGUCUGAAGAGAAGCCAUCUCGGGUGCACAUCCUUAUUCUCUCUUCCUGGAGGUCAGGAUCUUCCUUCGUUGGCCAACUGUUUAGCCAACACCCUGAUGUCUUCUACCUGAUGGAACCUGCCUGGCAUGUGUGGGUAACGAUGUACCAGAACAGUGCCAAAGUCUUACAUAUGGCUGUUAGAGACCUAGUCAGGUCUGUCUUCAAGUGUGACAUGUCUGUGUUUGAUGCCUACAUGCCUUGGAAGAGAAACUUGUCCGAUCUCUUCCAGUGGGCAGUGAGUCGGGCACUCUGUUCAGCUCCUGCCUGUGAUUCCUUUCAACGCACCGACAUUACCAGUGAAAUGGCCUGCAAGACCCUUUGUGGCAAGUACCCAUUCAGCAAGGUGGAGGAAGCUUGCAAGACCUACAGCCACAUUGUCCUCAAGGAGGUCCGGUUCUUUGAUCUGACAGUUCUCUAUCCCCUUCUCACUGACCUCUCCCUGAAUCUCAAAAUCAUUCACUUGGUGCGUGAUCCCAGAGCUGUUGCCAAGUCACGAGAACAAUCAGUAAAAGCCUUAGCUCGUGACAAUGGGAUUGUUCUGAGCACCAAUGGCACUAAAGUGGAGGAUAGCAAAUAUAAAGUAAUGAAGGAAAUUUGUAGAAGUCAUGUCCAGAUUUAUGAAACGGCUACUCAGAAACCUCCAAGAUUUCUAAAAGAUCGCUAUUUGAUGAUCCGUUUUGAAGAUCUGGUUCAAGAUCCCUUAUCAGAAAUCAGAGACAUGUAUAAAUUUGCAGAUCUUAGACUGACCCCCAAACUUGAAAGCUGGAUCUAUAAUAUCACACAUGGCCAGGGACCAGGAAAGAAAAAGGAAGCCUUCAAAAUCACCUCCCGAGAUGCAGUUAACGUUUCCCAGGCCUGGAGGAAUAUUCUUUCCUUCCAAAAAAUUAAGAAAGUACAAGAAGUCUGCAAAGGUGCUAUAAAUAUGCUUGGCUAUAAACUUCUGGAUUCUGAGAAAGAGCAAAAAGAUUUGUCAUUGGAUUUAGUGUUGCCAAGACGAAGAAACCAGUUCAGUUGGUCAUCAUACAAUUCGAAAAACUAAGACAUACUACUUUGAGAGGUUUUUUGGAUAUUUCAUUUAUCUACUGUGCAAUGUGCAGGUAGCAUGAAAAGAUUUGGCUGUCAAAUUUAAUCCUAGUUCUAGCUGCUAUUUUUUUUUUCAAGUGAUGGAAGGUUUUGUUGGUUUUUUUUCUUCAAUUUCGCACACUGGAGCAUGUGAAGCAAAUGAAAAAUGCAGCAUGAGAUUUGUCAGUUUGCAGACUUACAGCUGAGGUGAGCUGUUCUGAACACUGCAUUUUGUAAAUAUUAUAUGCUAAACUAUAUGUCUUUCAAAGGUGAAUUAAUGGAGAUGGAAAAUGUCUUUUGUAUUUAUUAAUACUUUAAUUUUUAAACCUUGAUUAAACUCAGGAUAACAACUGAUUAAACAUUUUAAGGAAAUCUCAGCAUCAUCUCAAAAACAAAUGCAUGGAAAUCAAGAUGGCAUAAAUUCUCUCAUGCUUUCUGCAUUCUUUUUUUUAGUAUCCCCUGAUUUGUUAUUGUCUUUGUAUUCUCCCCUCCGACACCCCUCCAAGCUAUUUUGCAGCUCUGUGUUUUUUGAAAACUUGUCUGAAUCUUUUUGUGAUUUAAUUGUCAUUAGUGCAGAUCAUCCUGGGAAACCCCAGAGAACUGGGGUUACUUCUAAAAAUGACCUAUCUUUGGGUCAGCUGUGAAAUCCUGAAUUAUUCUGUCAAUAGAUUUACCUGUGCUCUGAUCUGAAUGGCAGAGUUCUCACCAGCUGUUUGGUUAAGGCACUGGAGUAGAGCUUUUACAUUGGAGUAUGGAAUCUAAAAACAGAAAAUAGAAGUAGAAAAUUAGAAUGAGGGAAUCAUCGUGGUAAUAGCCUGUUCAGAAGAAUAUGCUCUAUAACUCCAUGACACACACAACAGGAACAGACCUGCUUCUACAGUCUGUAAUUUACAGCUUUUUUUAAAUCAAAUUCUAGUUGUUGUACUGAAGAGUCAAUUAUUAAUGAAAUUCACCACAGCAAAUAUGUCUGCCUUUGAAGCUUGUCUGUUAUUUAUACUUCUGUAUGCAAUUCUUGAAGGAACAAAUCUUGAAGCAGAAAUAAAGACUAAUUUUAAACUCUUCAUCUGAAGAAAGGCAUUAAAUCAUCUAACAUUUAAUCAAUUUUGGAUACACCGUUAAUAUUAAUUGAGGGAAAUCAUUUAACUUAAUUUUGGAAGUGGUUUGGGCAAAAUCUCAACUAAGUAUAUGUUAGGGCUGUCAAACUUUUAAAAACAUUAAUCGCAAGAUUAAAAAAUAAUCAUAAUUAAUCACAGUUUUAAUUGCACAGUUAAGCUGUAAUAGAAUACUAUUUAUUUAAAUAUUUUGGAUGUUUUUCUACAUUUUCAAAUAUAUUGAUUUCAGUUACAACCCAGAAUACAAAGUGCACAGUGCUCACUUUAUUAUUUUGGAUUACAAAUAUUUGCACUGUAAAAACAUAAGAAAUAGUAUUUUUCAAUUCACCUCAUACAAGUACUGUUGUGCAAUCUCUUUAUAGUAAAAGUGCAACUCACAAAUGUAAAUUUUUUUUACAUAACUGCACUCAAAAAUAAAAUAAUGCGAAACUUUAGAGCCUACAAGUCCACUCAGUCCUACUUCUUGUUCAGCCAAUCGCGAAGACAAACAAGUUUGUUUACAUUUACGGGAGAUAAUGCUGGCCGCUUCUUAUUUACAAUGUCACCUGAAAGUGAGAACAGGCGUUCAUAUAGCACUGUUGUAGCGGUGCUGCAAGGUAUUUACGUGCCAGAUACGCUAAACGUUUGGAUGCCCCUUCAUGCUUCGACCACCAUUCCAGAGGACAUGCUUCCAUGUUGAUUAUGGGUUCUUCUUGAUUACAAUCCAAAGCAGUGCAGACUGACGCAUGUUCAUUUUCAUCAUCUGAGUCAGAUGCCACCAGCAGAAAGUUGAUUUUAUUUUUUGGUGGUUCGGGUUUGGUAGUUUCUGCAUCAGAGUGUUACUCUUUUAAGACUUCUGACAGCAUGUUUCACACCUCAUCUCUCUCAGAUUUUGGAAGGCACUUCAGAUUCUAAAAUCUUGAGUCAAGUGCUGUAGCUACCUUUAGAAAUCUCACAUUGGUACUGUGACAUUGCACCCCAUAUUCUUCAUAGUGAUAUUAUUAGGAUAUUGUAAUAGCAUAAUUAUGAUGCAUUUUAUGCAAGAUGGGUCAUGUGAGCUGCCAUUGGAAAAGUUAUGAUUUGCUGAAUAUGAUUACCCUAUUUGUAUGCAUGUAUCAUUUUGUAUCUGUAUUUCAGAUGUAGUUACACCUCAGUAAUGCCCACUAGACAAGAUGCUUUCAGCCUAGGUAAUUGGUUUGGAAGGGCCUAUUCAGGACAAUGAGCCAUUAGGGAAAACAAUAGGCCUUAGGAGAAGCUUAUCUCCUACCUGGUGAUGACCCUUCCUGAGAACACUCCAAACAGCCUGUAAGUGAAGCUGCUAUGCCUCUACAAGGACAGGUGACCAGGCCACAAUGAUGCUGGACUCCAUCUUGGGAUGUCAGUAUUUUUCCACAGACUGGUCUGGGAAUCAAGCUUUGGAACAAAGGGUUCCCGCCAUAUGUAAAAGCUAUAUAAGGCAGAGAGUGACAUCAUCUGUGGUUCUUCACUCCCCACACAAGAAGACUCCUGGAACACCUGAGGAACAAAGACUGAACUGGGGAAAGUGCUGGACACAGGCUAAAGAGAUUUCUAGCCUGUAUAUGAAACACGUGGGAUUCCAAGCUGUAAAGCAAGUGCAGCUUGCCCUGUAAGAAUCUGCAGCCUGCUUGUAUCCUCUCCUAGGGUGAGAAUCUGCUAAUUUAUAUCCAGUCUAUCUAGUAUAUUAAGUGUAGUUUGCGUUUUUUGUUUAUUUGCUAGGUAAUCUGCUUUGCUCUGUUUGCUAUCCCUUAUAAUAACUUAAAAUCUAUCUUUUGUAGUUAAUAAACUUGUUUUGCUUUAUC